UAACCGUUUGAAGUGCCACCUAGAUACCCUUUCCUUUAUAUAAUGACAGAAAAUCGAGACCUCUGGUCUCCUCCCUUCAAAGCCCUAACUCAUAAAAUUCUCCUCUUUCGUUAGCAUCGUAACCAUGGCCGAUUCUCCUGCCAAAAGGAAUUCACAUUCUGUUUCGCCAUGGAGAGAACAGUCGAGGUCUAGGUCAAGGUCUCGUUCCAGGUCCAGGUCCAGGUCUAGGUCAAGGUCUAGAGCAAGAUCAUUGUCUCCACAGCCUAGGCAUAGAUCACGAUCACGAAGUCGUGGCAGAUCAAGAUCAAGAAGCCAUGGCAGGACUGAAGCUGUAAAUCCUGGAAACACACUUUAUGUGACUGGUCUGUCUACAAGAGUAACAGAGAGAGGACUAGAAGAACAUUUCGCUAAGGAGGGAAAGGUUGCUUCAUGUUUUCUUGUUGUGGAGCCCCGUACUCGCAUUUCUCGUGGUUUUGCUUUUGUUACGAUGGACAAUGUUGAGGAUGCCAAUCGUUGUGUUAAGUAUCUCAACCAAUCGGUUCUAGAGGGCCGAUAUAUAACAGUUGAGAAGUCACGAAGGAAGCGACCAAGAACUCCAACACCAGGACACUAUCUUGGGCUGAAAAGUAAUAGGGACUAUGGCCAUCGGGGUGAUCGUGGAGAUCGUGGUAGGUAUCGAGGCCGUGAUGACUACCAUGGUCGAGAUGAUUAUCGUGGCCGUGAUGAUUAUCGCAGGUCUCCAAGGCGUUCUCCUUAUCGUGGGGAGCGUGCAGGUCGUGAAUACUCUCCUAGGCGCUCUCCCUAUGGUGGAAGAUCAAGAAGGGACAGGUCUAGGUCACCAUAUUCUCCUUCUUAUCAUGGUUCUAGGUUGCGUUGAUUGUUAGUUUGUUGGCUUUCUAAGUGGCUAGUAGCUUAGUUUGUAUUCAUUCAGGAUGUGUGUAGUUGUGUGUUGCCGCUGAACUUGGCAGUUAUGCAGUUUCUAAUGAAAUGGUAAUGAUGUUGUGUUGGGUGAAGGAAA